AUGAUGGCCGCCUCUCUGCCGCCCUUCCCCCGCCUUGUCUUCACGGUCCUCGAGCCCUUGUCGCUCGUAGCAGGCUUCGCCGGCGCUGUCUACGACCCGGCAUGGUUCGUUGCACAGCAGAUUCCUCAGGACAAACCCGUGGCUGCCUCAGAGAAUAGCAUUGUUAUGGCCCAUCAACUGGGAAACAUGUAUCUCGCAAUGUGCUUUGUGGGCUUGGCCCUGUUCCGGACGACGUCUGAGGCCAGAGUCAUCCGAAGCUAUCUCGUUGCCCUCUUGCUUGCUGACGCCGGCCACGUUGGCUUCACAUGGUAUGGCAUGGGUACGGACAGGUUUAUGGACGUCUCUGGAUGGAAUGCCAUGGCUUGGGGAAACCUGGGGGCUACGUUGUUUCUAGCUUUCACCCGUAUUGCGUAUCUCUCAGGCAUGUUUGGCCCGGAUAGGCACGGGCCGGCUGCCAUCACGACCCAGAAGAAGAGCAAAUGA